UGCGUGUGAGGUCAUCGCGCGUUCGGGCGGGCGGGGUCUGGCGGUUUGAACGAGACGAAGACGGAACCGGAGCCGGGCGCGGGCAGUAGAAGCGGUUCCCCUGAGAGCCGAAGAUGGCAGUGAACGUAUAUUCAACGUCAGUCACCAGUGAUAAUCUAAGUCGACAUGACAUGCUGGCCUGGAUCAAUGAGUCUCUGCAGUUGAAUCUGACAAAGAUUGAACAGUUGUGCUCAGGGGCUGCCUAUUGUCAGUUUAUGGACAUGCUCUUCCCUGGCUCCAUUGCCUUGAAGAAAGUGAAAUUCCAAGCUAAGCUAGAACAUGAAUAUAUCCAGAACUUCAAAAUACUACAAGCAGGCUUUAAAAGGAUGGGUGUUGAUAAAAUAAUUCCUGUGGAUAAAUUAGUAAAAGGAAAGUUUCAGGACAAUUUUGAAUUUGUUCAGUGGUUCAAGAAAUUUUUUGAUGCAAACUAUGAUGGAAAAGAGUAUGACCCUGUAGCUGCCAGACAAGGUCAGGAGACCGCAGUGGCUCCUUCUCUUGUUGCUCCAGCUCUGAAUAAACCGAAGAAACCUCUUGGCUCGAGCAGUGCAGCUCCACAGAGACCCAUUUCAACCCAGAGAACUACUUCAACGCCUAAGGCUGGUCCAGGUGUGGUGCGGAAGAAUCCUGGUGUGGGCAAUGGGGAUGAUGAGGCCGCUGAACUGAUGCAGCAGGUCAAUGUAUUAAAACUUACUGUUGAAGACUUGGAGAAAGAAAGAGAUUUCUACUUUGGGAAGCUAAGGAACAUUGAAUUGAUUUGCCAGGAGAAUGAAGGGGAAAAUGACCCUGUAUUGCAGAGGAUUGUAGACAUUCUCUAUGCCACAGACGAAGGCUUUGUGAUACCUGAUGAAGGGGGCCCACAGGAGGAGCAAGAAGAGUAUUAACACCAUUGACCAGCAGAGCAGCAUCGGAAUUCUUCUCUCCAAAUCAUGUGCUUAACUGUAAAAUACUCCCUUUUAUUAUUCUUAGAGGAUUCACUGGUUUCUUUUCAAAUGCAAAAAGUACCUCUUUUUAAAAGUG